CAGCGCCAGCAGUGAUGUUCGGUCCGUUAGCAGUUAGCUUAGCUGCUAAACAUGGAGCAUGAAGCCGGAGUUAACGGGAUUUUCCACAGGUUUAACGGUGCCUAAGGUGGAUCAGUGUUCCGGUACCAACAGACGGAGUUCAUCCCGCCUUGUGACACUGAAAUGGAGCUUUUUUUUUUUUUUUCAAAUCAGUACCGAGCGGCUAAGCUAACUAGCUACUGUUUGCAUUAGCCUGUUAGCAGCUAAAUGUCAGGUUUUCUCUUGUGUUUUUCCUUUUGAGUCUGUCCAUUAAAUGUAACAGAAGAAUUUAAAGCAGUGCGGGAAACGUCUGAAUAAAACUAGUACCCUACAAACACUUGACAGUAAAUUAACAGCCCGUAUUUAGGUUGGAUUGGACGUGGCUAGCCUGUUAGCAGAAGCUAAGUGGUUUGUAGUGGUUCAGAUUCAGAGUCUGAUGGAUGUGAAGUUCAACAUCAUCACAGUCUGUGAUGUUUGAGGCCCAGAAGAACACGAAGAUACACAGUGAACUUCAGCAUCUGAUGAAGAGCAACAGACAAGAGCAAAAACAGGAGAUGAAAUUUUUAUCAGCUGAUUCUAUAAAACUGUGAUUGGUACAAAGUGAACUUCCCGACACUGUGUUGCCUUCAGGUGCCUCUGAGACAAAAUGGACUCUUUACAAGAGGAACAAAGCAAAGUUCUCCAGAGACUGGAGAAAGAUGAGAGAGUUCUCUCGACAGCAGCAAACAAAGAUAAAACACACACCUGUGACCAGUGUGGGAAGGCUUUCAAAAGACUGGAUUGUCUUAGAAUACACAAACGCAUCCAUACUGGAGAAAAACCAUACAAGUGUGUCUUGUGUGGGAAAGCCUUUAACAGAGCUGAUAGCCUCCGAGUACACCAACGUAUUCACACUGGAGAGAAACCUUACAGCUGUUUUGUGUGCGGGAAGGCUUUCACUGCAGCAAGCCACCUGAGGACUCAUCAACGCAUCCACACUGGAGAAAGACCAUAUCCCUGUGUUGUAUGUGGGAAGGCUUUCACCAAAGCGAGUCUCCUCCGAACACACCAACGCAUCCACACUGGUGAGAAACCAUACAGCUGUGACCAGUGUGGGAAAGCGUUCCGACAAGCAGAGAAUUUAAGAAUACACAAGGGUAUUCAUACUGCAGAUAAACCAUACAGUUGUGACCAAUGUGGGAAGGCUUUUAGAUCUGCAUCAGGUUUGCGGUAUCACCACCUUAGGCAUACUGAUUAUACCGGAGAGAAACCAUACAGUUGUGACGAGUGUGGGAAGGCGUUCAACAAUGCGGUGUACCUCAAAACACACCAACGCAUCCACACCGGGGAGAAAUCGUACAGCUGUGAUCUAUGUGGGAAGACCUACACAACAUCAGCUAGUCUAUGUCAUCACCAUCUUAGUCACACUGAGGAAAUGGAUCAAGGCAAAGUUGGCCAGAAUCCAUCAAACUUCGAGAAAAUGCAUGCCUGUGACCAAUGUGGGAAGGUUUUCACCAGAGCACAUAGUCUCAGAACACAUCUACACAUACACACUGGAGAGAAACCAUACAGCUGUGUCCAGUGUGGGAAGUUGUUUCCCACAGCAAAACAGGUACGAGCUCAUCAGCGUGUCCACACUGGAGAAAAACCAUACAAUUGUGACCAAUGCGGGAAGGCUUUCACUCAGGUCGGGAACCUCAAAACACACCAACGAAUCCACACUGGAGAGAAACCCUUCACCUGUAAUCAGUGUGGGAAGUGUUUUACACAAGCAGAAACUCUCAAAACUCACCAACGCAUCCACACAGGAGAGAAGCCAUACAGCUGUGAUCAGUGUUUGAGCCGAUUCACUAAAGCAGAUAGUCUCAGAAGACACCAGCGUAUUCACACUGGAGAGAGGCCGUAUUCCUGUGACCUGUGUGGGAAGACAUUCACUAAGGUGAGUGACUUUAGAAGACAUGAGCGCAUCCACACCGGAGACAAACCAUAUUCAUGUGACCAGUGUGAAAGCAGGUUUACCAAGGUUGACAAUCUUAGAAGACACCAGCUUAUCCACAGUGGAGGAAAGAUGUACAGCUGUGACCACUGUGGGAAAGAUUUCACAAAAGUUGACAAUCUCAGAAGACAUCAACGCAUCCACAAUGGAGAGAAGUCGUACUUCUGUUACCAGUGUAAUAAGGCCUUCUCCAAAUUGGAGAACUUUAGAAAACAUGAGUAUUUUCACAUGGAGAAGAAACCUUAUAUAUGUGGCAAGUGCGGGAAGGCUUUUACUGAUGAGGGGAGUCUUAAAUCACAUAAAGACACCCACAUGGAAGAAAACCUGUAUUUCUGUGAUCAGUGUGGGGAGGCUUUCAUUGAUGAACAGAAUCUAAGAGCACACCAAGAUUUCCACAGAGAACAGAAAUCAUGUGUUGUUGGUCAGUAUGGAAAGGCUUUCACUGAUUCAGGGAGUCAAACUCACAAAUUCAUUUACACAGAAGAGAAACCAUAUAUUUGUGAGUGGUGUGGGGAAGCUUUCAUAGAUGCUGGGAGUCUAAAAAUGCACAAAGACUUCCAUGUAGAGGAAAAACCCCAUAUCUGUGACCAAUGCAGUGAAGCAUUCAUAGACGAAAAAAAUCUAAGAAAACACCAAAGAAUCCACAUGGAAGAAUCUUCUAUUUAUGCUACAAGUGGAGAGGAUUUCACCGACGCAGGAAAUGAAACCCACCCACACAUGGUUAUUGAUGAAAAACCACAUAUCUGUGAACAGUGUGGGGAGGCUUUCAGUGACAUUGGCAGUCUAAGAACACAUCAAGACAACCACAAGCAGGAGAAACCAAAUCUGCCUGACCCAAAUGGGAAGAGUUUCACUAUUGCAAGGAAUCAAGUUGUAAUUAACUCCUGCAUUUCUAUUAAAUUGUAAAGAUGAAAGGUAUUCUAUCAUGUAACAUACUAGAGUAAUAUGUAGAUAAUAUAUUGUAUUUUGUAGCAUACUAAAACAUUUUUCUCAUUUAAUGUAAAUUUUGUAACUUACCAUGGAUUGUAGCAGUUUAACAGCUGAUUUAGGGGAGAAACAAUUACCAAAAGUUCAACAAUUUUAUCCACUACCCUUGCAUCAUAAUCUGUGCAUGCAAUUCUUUCAACUAUUAUCUAUAAUGGUAAAAGACAUUUUAGUAAGAGGCACUUAAUAUGUAGCAAAUAUACUGACUAUAAUUAUGUCAUUUCUUGCAAGUUUGCUACAAUGUAAAACUGUCAAUAUUUCAAAAACGUUCCAAUUCCAGAACCAUGUAUAUUUUAUUUCACCUACAGUCCAACUUACCAUUAUUGACACCCGUUUAUUUUUUUCACAGCCUGUACAAUAUCUUCAGAAAUAAACAUAAAUAUAUCAAAUCGCUACCAUCAGGAUUUUUAAUCAGAGGUUCAAAGUAAUUUAUUGAAGCAUGUUGAUACUCAGCUUACAUGUUGUAAUUUCAAAGAAGAAACAUGAAAA